AAUAAAUCUUAAAGGAAAAAAAAAAAAAAGGCGCAGAGGCUGGAGGUGCGGAACCUCAAGCCAGCUGCGGGGAAUGGAGAGGGGCCAGGCCAGAGGGGCUGGCAGGUGCCCAGUGGGACUCACUCUCCCCCCGCAGGCCCAGGAUGCAGGCGCGGAAGGAGGCCGGGCGCAGGGGCCCGCGGGAGCGCGCGGGGAAGGGGUCCCGUGAGGAGCGAGCCAAGGGGCCGCCCGCGGCGGAGCCCCCCAAGCCGGGUUGGGCCGCGUCGCUGGAGGGGCUGGCGGCCAUGCGCCCCCCGCAGCGUCGCCGUCACAUGCUCUUCGGGGACCUGCGGGAGGACGUGGGCGCGGCCGCCUCCCUCUUCCCCCGCGAGUCAGUGGAGCUGGGGGACCGCAUGCCCGACCUGCGCGGCUGGACGCAGUCCCUCGAGCUGCCCGCGGCGCGCCAGGACCUGCUGCUCGGCGUCCUCAAGGCAGCCGAGGCCCGAGGACGGAUCCGGGCCCUGCGGCUGCGCUACAUCCGCAUGCGAGCGGAGGAGAUCGCGCUCCUCGUCCUGCAGCAGAAGUCCGCGCGCGCCGCCCUCCGGCUGGAGCUGUUCCUGCCGCCGCGGCUGAGGCCGACGCGGAUCCCCGACCCCCUGGACCGGCAAGAGAGGAGGCGCGUGGAGACCAUCCUGGAGGAGCAAGUUGAUGGCAGCAUCUUCCCACGUUGA